UUUAAAAUAGGUAUUGUUUUCAAUGUAUUUUUAGUAUUUACUACAAGUAACAAUAUUACACCAUUAAAAAUAUUAUGAGAACAAUUUCUUUGGAUACUAAUUCAAGUGAAUAUAAAGUGUGACAAAAGUUAUAAAAGUAUGGAUGACUGCCUUACAGACUUAACUGUUGAGUUUUUAGCUGUUGCUUUUAAUAACAUUCUUUAUUUUACUUCUGUAUAUCCUAAAUCAAUAUUUGAAAGCAGAAAGAAAUACAAUGUGGUAGUUUAUAAGUCUGUUCAUCCACAAGUCAAUCAAUAUUUAGAUAUGUGUCUUAAAAGUAUUGAAGCUUGCCUAAAGAACAAUAAAUUGAAGAGACUUGAAUUUGUUAUUACUGAUGAAAAUUACAAGGCUUUAUUAAGCUUCAUAUUUGAUUUUGAUAUACAAAAUCAACAUGAAACCACUGAUACAUAUUUCAUUAAAAGUGAACAGAACUUUCGAGCUUUUUGUCUGAAGCUAUCUACAAUGUUUCAUAUUUUCCAAAAAUUACCUGAAAAUACAUCUUUUACAAUAUAUCUACACACGAAUGAAUCUACUGCAGUCUCAUUGGUCACCAAUCCUGAGGUAGAAGAUUUUCCAAUGAUAGAAGUCGAGAAUGAAAGCAAGAAGUCUGAUGGAAUAGUCCCAAUAAGAAGUUUUGACGUGGGACAAUACAGUUUGUCUACAUAUGUUGAAAUAAAUGAAUUGGAUAUCAGUUACAGUAUUCUUUGAAUAGAAGCACUAACC